AUGGAUGAAUUUGUAAAUUGGUUAAUUGAGAAUGGGGCUACUUUUCCUAAAGUCAAGUUUGAUAAAGAUGAAGAUGGAAUGGGUGGCUGUUACGCUGUGCAACCGAUUCAUCCAGAUGAGAUAAUCGCUUCGCUUCCUUUAAAAUUAACCAUAUCUUACAAGCUCGCUCGUGAGCAUUUACCGAUGUUAGAUCUACUUGGUUGUCGUGCUGUGCUUGCUACAUUUUUAGCUCAUGAGCGGCUUCUUGGAAAGUCGUCUUUUUAUUACUCGUAUAUUAAUAUCUUACCAACGUAUAUACCUACUCCUUUGAUGUACACUGAACAAGAAAUGUCAUGGUUAAGAGGAACAAAUCUUGGUUACGGUGUUGAAAGUAGGAAGGAAUUGUUGAAAAAGGAGUUUGAUGAAGUUUUGAAAGUUGUGUCAAAUGGUGAAUUCAUUAACGUUAAUGGGCUAACAUGGGAAUUAUAUUUAUGGGCGUGCAAUAUAAUAUCAUCGCGAUGCUUCCCGAACAAACUAAUUGAUCCGGAUGAUGUUGAAGUAAAAGAAGCUUUGUUUCCGUUAAUUGAUUCUUUUAAUCAUAAGCCUAGGCAAAAAAUUACUUGGGAAAUUCAUGAAAAGAAUGAGUUGCGCUUAGUUGCUGGUAAUUAUAUAGAAGCUGGACAGCAGAUAUAUAAUAAUUACGGUGCCAAAUCCAAUGAGGAAUUAUUAGUUGGUUACGGAUUUUGUAUUCCUAAUAAUCCUGAUGACUGGGUAAUAAUCAAAGCAAAUAUUUCGCAAGAUCCUCAGUGUGAUGAAAAACUGGAUCUUUUGACAAGCUUAGAACUUUCCGAACUUACACAUUUUAUUAAAAGAGAUCAUAUUCCUUCAGCAUUAUUAUCUCAAUUACGAGUGCUUGUAAUGAACUCUGCAGAGUUAAUCCAUUUUAAAAAAUUACCAGAAUCUGUUGAUAAUAAUAUAACUGAACCUAUAGGAUAUCGAAAUGAACUUGCAAUGUUGGAAACUUUUUCUAAUUUGUUAAAAAUGAAAUUGGAGGUUCUUUUAGAGCGUGAAGAAUUUGUUGGAAUUGGAUCUGCGAGAGAAUCUGAGACCGCGAGAAAUUGUAAAAUAUAUAUUGAUGGACAAAAAGAAAUUCUUACUAAUGCACUUGCAAUUAUUUAUUCCAAAGAGUUAAUUAUCCUUAAAACAGCAUUAAAUGAUUCAAAACUUAGUAGAAUUCCAAAGUUACCCUUUGUUUGCAACAAGAUUAAUAUUAACAAUGAUUAUAAUAACAGCGACACGUCUUUUAAUGACAUCAAUUCAAUAAUCCUUGCUAAAGAUGAUUUAUUAGAUUCAUUACUGAUUACCACUGAUAAAGUAAUGAAAAUUGAUAAAAAAUUUUCGAGAGCUAUUAAUGAAAUAUUUAGCAAAGAGUUGAUAGAUAGUGAACAAGAUACUAUCUUGAUACUUUAUUUAAUAUAUGAAAGUCAAUAUAUUGAAAAGUCUGAAUGGAAGUUAUUUUUUGAAGUUGCCGUCAAAUACGAUGAUUCUUAUAUACAACAAUAUGAAGAAAAAUUUCAAGAAUUGACAGAUUUAUACAAUGAAUUACAACCACUUGUUUGUAAUCCCGACGUUAAGUUAUUUGACAAAGAUGUGUUUAGUAUCGAUAAAUUAAUUUGGUCAACAUGCAUUUUUGAAAUAUGCUCUAUUUCUUUUACAAAUAAAAAUGAAAAGCAAUGUUUUGGAAUUGCGCCUUUAUAA